CUCUCAGACCAAACCCAUCCUCACACAGGAAAGGACUCCAAAACACUCAUCAACUACAUUAGCUACUUCUGUUAUAUAACAAGGGAGUCGGGGCUCCAGUAAUGUCUGGUUUGUGCUUCAUCAGAGACACUUGAAAACGGCAAGAAACAAACCUUUUUGAAAGCUUGGAACAUUUGUGGUCCUUCAGAACAGUAGACGUUUCUGUGCCAUUUGCAGGCUGUGCAUUAAAUAAGGAAGGCAAGUAGUAAAAAAGCAAGUUUUUAUAGGUGAAAAUGCAUGUUUAGUUGUUGUCAGGAGGCAAACAGGUCUGGCAUCCCAACCAUGGGUGUAUUCUUGCCUCAUGCCCAGUGUUCCCGGGACAGAGGAUUCACUACAAACCUGACCAGGAUAAAGUGGAUACUGAAAAUGAGAGACAGACCUUCUGGACAUUGCUUAUAUCAAGGAUGCUAGAACUGGGAAAUAUUCCAGGACACCUAAGUGCUGCAGAAACCUGCCUGUGUGAGCUGUGAUGCUGCUGCUCCUCAUCGCUUAUCGCCACACUGCCAAACUGAUUAAUGCAUAAAGAGCAGGGCAAAUGGUCAGCAAAUGGCAUUCAGCAGAGGAUGCUAAAGUGCGGGAGCAGCUGGGUGUGGCCGGUGUGGUGGGAAAGAUUGAGAACAGGAUGCUGACAGUGGUGACUGGUCCAGAUAUGGUGAACAUCACCUUACUGAACUUCAUGGCCUUCCAAGAUGAGGUGGCUAAGGAGUGGUCAGACGAGCUCUUCAGCUUGGCCUCCAACCUCCUGAUCCAAAACAUGUCCCGGGAGUCCUGUCUAGAAAAAGUGUAUACUAGACUAGUGCUGCAGCUCACUCCUGAGGGAUCUAUUCCUGUGAAGAACAUCUUCCGUGUGUUUUCGGCAGACAGGAAGCGGGUUGAGAAUGCACUGGAAAUCUGCGGUCUUCCAUCUGGAAGAAGUGACUUAAUUCCCCAGGAACAGUUCACUCCAGAUAUAUUCAGAGUGUUCCUCAAUAACAUUUGUCCCCGGAAGGACAUCGAUACCAUCUUCUCAGAAAUUGGUGCUAAGAGCAGGCCAUACCUCACAGUAGAUCAGAUGACUGACUUCAUCAACAACAAGCAGCGGGACCCUCGGCUGAACGAGAUCCUGUACCCUCCCCUGAAGCCCGAGCAAGUGCAGGCAUUGGUGGAGAAGUAUGAACCUGACACCAUGCUCUAUCAAAGAGGGCAGAUCUCUGUGGAAGGUUUUGCCAGGUAUCUGAAUGGAGAAGAGAAUAGCAUCAUCCCUCCUGAGAAAUUGGACCAAAGUGAGGACAUGACAUUUCCUUUGUCCCACUACUUCAUCAACUCCUCCCAUAACACUUACCUCACAGCGGGGCAGCUGGCGGGAAACUCCUCAGUUGAGAUGUACAGGCAGGUGCUGCUGUCAGGCUGCCGCUGUGUGGAGCUGGACUGCUGGAAGGGACGCACAGCAGAAGAGGAGCCCAUUAUCACCCACGGCUUCACCAUGACCACCGAGAUCUCCUUUAAGGAAGUGAUUGAGGCCAUUGCUGAGAGUGCUUUCAAGACAUCUCCUUUUCCUGUCAUCCUUUCAUUUGAGAACCAUGUGGACUCCCCCAAGCAGCAAGCUAAGAUGGCUGAAUACUGCAGAUCAAUAUUUGGAGACGCCCUGCUCACAGAGCCACUGGAGAAAUAUGCACUGGAAGCAGGAAAUCCUCUGCCAAGUCCCAUGGACCUCUUGGGAAAAAUUCUCAUCAAGAACAAGAAGAAUUCCCACAAGGAUGAGAGCAGCACAAAGAAGAAGCUCUGUGAGCAGACCUCUAAUACCUGCAGCGAUACAUCCAGCGUGUGUGAGCCGUCCUCUCCAAGUGCAGGCUCCACAAAUCACGACAUGCCAGAUUCCAGUCAGCCAAGCUCAGAGACGGGCAGUGACAGCAGGCUGCAGGGGAGAAAAUAUAUUGGUGAGGUUGAUGCAGAAAGCGAGGAUGAGGAUGAUGAAGAUGACGACUGUAAAAAGUCCAUGGAUGAGGGGACAGCAGGAAGUGAAGCAUUUGCCACUGAGGAGAUGUCCAACUUAGUAAACUAUGUCCAGCCGGUUAAGUUCUCCUCAUUUGAAGCAUCUAAAAAGUCAAAUAAAAGUUAUCACAUGUCAUCAUUUGUGGAGACAAAGGCACUAGAGCAGCUGACAAAGUCACCAGUGGAAUUUGUGGAGUAUAACAAACUCCAGCUUAGCCGAAUCUACCCCAAAGGCACUAGGGUGGACUCCUCCAACUACAUGCCUCAGGUCUUCUGGAACGCUGGAUGUCAGCUUGUGGCAUUGAACUUCCAGACCAUAGAUCUGGCCAUGCAGCUGAACCUGGGCAUGUAUGAGUACAAUGGAAAAUGUGGCUACAGGCUGAAGCCUGAGUUUAUGAGGAGGCCUGAUAAAAACUUUGACCCCUUCACUGAGAGCACAGUGGAUGGGAUUGUAGCGCACACACUUUCAGUGAAGAUCAUAUCAGGACAGUUCCUGUCCGAUAAAAAGGUUGGCACCUAUGUGGAGGUGGAAAUGUUUGGCCUCCCAGUGGACACAAAAAGGAAAGCAUUUCGGACAAAAACAUCCCCAGGCAACGCCGUGAACCCUGUGUGGGAUGAGGAGCCCAUAGUCUUUAAGAAGGUGGUUCUUCCCACUCUUGCGUCUUUGAGAAUAGCCGUCUACGAGGACAGCGGGAAGAUUAUUGGCCAUCGCAUCAUCCCAGUGAACGCCAUCCGGCCUGGUUACCAUUACAUAGGGCUAAGAAAUGAGAAGAACCAGACACUAACACUACCUGCUGUUUUUGUCUACACCGAAGUCAAAGACUAUGUCCCUGACACCUUUGCAGAUGUGAUUGAGGCACUGUCCAAUCCUAUCCGCUACAUCAACCUGAUGGAGCAGAGAGCCAGUCAGCUUGCAGCUCUCACCCUGGAGGAGGGAGGACAAGAGGUGAACAACAAAGAGAUAGAUGCGUGUGGGGAGCUUGUAUCAGAACCGAACAGCGAGGCCCAACGCCCUCCAGCUGAGAAUGGAACGAGCCAUACUCCUCUCAUCUCCCCAAAACCGCCUUCACUGGUCAGCCAUCAUGCCCACUCCACAGGAUCUGUGAAACCAGCUGUUAGGACUGAAGAUGUGAUUCAGAGUUUUUUGGCAGAGGUGGAAGCUCAGACACUGGAGGAACUGAAGCAGCAGAAGGCUUUUGUUCGGGAGCAGAAGAAACAGUAUAAAGAGCUGAAGGAGUUAGUAAGGAAGCACCAUAAGAAAACCACAGACAUGAUCAAAGAGCACACAGCCAGACAAAGUGAGCUGAAGAGCGAAUAUCAACGCCGGCAGUCCGCCCUGCAAAAGAGCGCCAAACGAGACGGUAAGAAAAGAUCAGGUUCGGAGCAAGCUCUGUCUGCUGUGGAACAGGAACUGGCCGCUCUGGAGGACGAGAACACGCAGAGACUGAGCGAGCUGAAGGAGCAACAGCAGCAUCAGCUGCUCACUCUCAGACAAGACCAGUACUACAGUGAACAGUACCUCAAAGGCAAACACAUCAAACAGCUGGUGGAGAAGCUGACCACUGUAGCUGAGGAAUGUCAGAGUAACCAGCUGAAGAAACUUAAGGAGCUGUGUGAGAAAGAAAAGAAAGAGUUGAAGAAAAGGAUGGACAAGAAAAGACAGGAGAGGAUACAUGAGGCAAAAUCGAAAGAGAAGAAUCUAACAGAGGAAGAGAAGUUAGAAAUCAACAGGUCACAUGUGAAUGAGGUUGUACAGUAUAUCAAAAGGCUGGAAGACGCUCAAAGCAAAAGGCACGAGAAGUUGAUCGAAGCACACAAACUCAUUCGGCAGCAAAUCCUGGAGGAGAAGCCGAAGCAUCAAACCGAGCUGGACCAGGAAUACCAGGACAAGUUCCGACGACUCCCAGUGGAGAUCCAAGAGUUUGUACAGGAAAACGCUAAAGGCAAGCUAAGUAACGAAUGGGAACCGGGCUGCCUUAGCACCUCAUCCACCGCUGAGAACCUGAACCACAAAGCAAGCCAGUCAGAGGAGGACGCAGAUGAGGACUCUGCAGAGAAGGGGUUCGACACUUCUCUCUGAACUACACGCUGGGUUUCACAUCAGCAUAUGUAAAGAUUUUGUAACAUCUGUGUUCCUGGUGUUGGCUGUUGUUUGUGUCUGACAGUUUCCACCUAUCUGUAGGAUUUUGUGACUUGAGUAACAAAGUUCUCUUUGCCAUUCAUUCUUUAUGCUUAUAGAGCGUUAUAAUACUAAGGUACGAUGUGUUUGACAGAAUGUUGAGAUAACAUACUUGAACAACAGCAAGAAUACUUCUGGUUUCUUCAUAACAUUAGGUUUUUAAUUUGUACAUCUGUUACUGUAAACUGACAAAUUUGAUUAUGCUGCUGUUUGAGUUUAGUUAAGCUCUAGGGAUUAUUUCUAUAUUUUCAUUAAUAAUCAACCCCAGCCUGGGAAAUUAUUUGCAAGGCAAACUAUGAAAAUCGUUUCAGAGUAAGGCUGUAUAAAUAGCUUUAAACUGUAGAGGGUUUGAGAUCUCUGUCCCAUAUUCACCACAGCACUACAAUAUCUGCUACUGUUUCUUUUAAAAGAACACAAAAUACAACAAGCCUGUUUUACAAAAAAAAGUUGAAUAUUUUAUUGAUUAUUUUUUUCUUUUAUCUUUUUAUACCUAUAAAUAGAACUACAAACACUACAUGUUAAUGUAACCUGAGGAAUGCGGGGUCAAUUGCAUGGUUUUGUACACUUGUAAAUGUUACGUAUGUAGCACAGAGAUUGAAAAAAAAUGCAUACUCUUAAAUGUAAAUAUUAUAACAUUUUGUCAGCUAAGAAAGACCAGAAAGACAGUUAUGUUAAUGUGACCACAGUGAUAGAAGUGUAUGAAGAAUAUUUGUCAUAUACUGCUCAUUAGUCAUCUAUUGUACUUUAAUUAUACUUUAAUUACAUGUCAAGGUCUUUGGUUUUGCUGUCAACGUGUGACCAAGUGAGUAUAAUAACUUUAAUAUGCAUAAAGAAAGCUAUAGCAAAAAUGUAAGUGUUCAGAAAGCACAAAGAUCGCUGUUAUAUGGUAGAGUGAGCAGGUUAUGAUGAUCUUAACGUACAGUGCUUUGGGAAACUCAGCCCAGAUCACCUUGACAAGCAUGGACAAUUUAGAGUAAAAAACCUGCCCCUUUUGUGGUAAAAUGUUUGUGCCAAACAAAAAAAACCUCACCAUAUUCCUGUGUGUGUCACUAGAUGAUCUUUUGAUUGCAUUUUGCUGAUGUCUUACAAGCACAUUUGUUAAAUGUUAUCUGGCACUGAAUGUUAUUAUUACUUAAAUUGUAAUCUGGUCUAUAAUCACUGUUUUAAUGUAAUAGCAAUUAUUGCAAAACACAUACAUGCUGUGAAAGGCAAAUUACAUGCACAUAUCCCUUCAGUAUCUUCAGGUAAUUUUGAAAAAGAGAGAAAUGUUAUAUGAUAACCACAGAACAAUCUCCUGUACCAAUACACAAUGCACAAUUCUCAGUAUAGGGUGAUCACAGAGUUAUUUAAAUGGCAUUUUAGGUUUGAAACACAAUUAAAUUGGUAUAAAAUCAUACUCAAAAAUCUACAUAGGAUAUAGAUUGGCAUAAUUGUUGUGGCAUGUUGAUAUGUUAAACCCCAAAUAACUUGCAAUAGUACAAACGUAACUGUGUAUCUACAUUAGAGCAAGGACAGUAUGCCAUAUUUAAACUGAAUGCACUACUAUUUCAACACAUAUUAUUAUUAUUAUUAUUAUUAUUAUUAUUAUUAUUACUAUUACUAUUACUAUUACUAUUAUUAUUAUUUGACAACACUGGUGUAAUCAAUCUGAUUUCAUGAGAAAUGUGCACAAAUUCAAAUGAACAAGGUUGAUCUGGUUGGAUUUUGUUCAAAAAGUACAAACACUAACCUUAUCCUUAACCUUCCUAUCUUGUCCUAUGUCUUGAGUCACACAUACUGCUCACACACGUGUAAGGUUUAACUGAUGGCAAAUAUGUAUUGCUGUAAAUGUCCUUACAAUUGUCAGUUUAAUUUUCAUCUGUAAAGAUUAUUAAGCAAAAUUCUUAUCAUUACUAUAACUAAUUGUGUAUUAAUUCAGGUUCUUGAUAGGUAGAUAAAACCACAAAAAAAUUAAACGUGUGUAUCAGUGCUUAGAUUCCCAAAACAAUAAUUCAGAUGCUCUGUAGUAGAUGUUUACUAAUCAUAAUAUUGGCCCAGUGGAAGUCUUUUUGUUUAGACUACUAUACAAUGAAGUUAUAGCCUGUUGUGCCACAAACAAAUUUGAUGAAGUUUGAAACCUUUAACAGACUUGAAAUGACUUAAUGAGUGUACAGUAAUGAUUUUUCGUUUUUCUUUCUUUUUUUUUUUUUUUUUUUACUUUUGAGGGAUUAUUGCCAUGAUGUGAGUCCUGUGCCUUUCUAUAGGUUUGCCUUGUUGAAUGUGUGAAAUGCAUCGUGUAAUGUCAUUAUAAGGACUAUGUGUCGUUGAAUGUCUGUAUGUCAAUUGCUAAAUAGAUCAUGUGCACUUUUAGUACCAUAACACUACUGAGUAAAGUUUGUGACUAGCAGUAUUCCAGAGGAAUGUUCUAUAAAUAAUGUGGUGGACUUUUGUUUUCUCAAUGCUGCCUGUUUCCUGUCUUAGACAUAAAGGUACUGGAUAUACUGUAUGCAUUUGGAAAAUGUGAGCAGAAAAAAAAACAUGUUAAAAGGAUAAUUAGAGUAGAGGGGAAAUGCUUGUAAAUAAAAUAAAUGUUGGUUCUGUAUGUAAACUUACAGCUUUGUGCUUGUUGGUAAUUUAAAAUGCAAAAUUUCCAAAAUCCCUAAAAAGUCUGACUUUUUGAACUAAACUUGGAUUAAACCACUUUAACGUCUUUGUAA